CCCUGCGUGAUGACGUAAUCGCGCAGCGCCCCAAAGCAGCUCCGUUGCAAAACUCUGCAAAAAAGCAGCGAGCCGAAGAGUGGGCGACAUUUAAAGCAGCGGCCAAAUAUACUUUGUACACUUUGUACACUUCCUUCACUUCCUUCUGUCUACGGAGCUCAUUUACUGAACAAGCGACAAACACACCAAGAGUCCCGCAACUCCGGGGUUGUCCCCCGCAUUGCCUGCCAGCCGGGCGAAGACCGGUCCAGUGGAGAUGGAGACUCUGCACCCCCACUGCCUGAAGUGCAUCAACAGGAGAUGCAUGGUGAGACCAGAGGCGGGUCUGUCCUGUGACCUGGUGGGCUGCCCGCUGGUGUGCGGCGCCGUCUUCCACGCCUGCAAGCUCCCGGAGCACCGGCUGCUGUGUCCCUACGAGCGGCUGCCGUGCCUCAACAGCGGCUUCGGCUGCCCCUUCAACGUGGCCCGGAUCAAGAUGGCGCAGCACCUGGAGACCUGCCCCGCCAGCAUCGUGUGCUGCACCAUGGAGUGGAACCGCUGGCCCGUCAGCUACGGCGACCGCAAGUCCUACGAGAACCUGAGCAGAGACUUUGACGAGGUGGAGCAGCUGGACAUGGCGCUGGCUCUGCAGGACCAGAGGAUGCUGCUGGAGUCCCUCAGGGUCACCACCACCGUGUCCAAGAACGGCGACAAGGAGGCCGGCUGCAAGAUGGCGGCAGCGGCGCCGAGCGAGGCGGCCAACGGGACGGUGGAGAUGGAGGAGGAGCCUUACAGCGACUUGUACCGGGCCUCGGUGGAGACCAGUCGAAGCUUGGCGGCAGCUUUGGACAUUCUCUCAAACUCUACGGACAUUGACGUUCUGGUCGGCAAUUUCAAGGGGGAAGACGUCGCCGCCGCGGGGAAGAACGUGGACAUGGAAGGGAGCGACUCUGACUCAGAGUGUGAGCUUGGGGCGGUGGGCGGGGUGGACUGUGCGGGUGGGGCAGACAAAGGUGGAGAUGUCCCCGCCUGGCCGGAGGAGGAGCAGGAGGACUUUGUGGAGAUUUUCUUUGAGGAGAAGGAGGACAUUAUCCAAGACCCGGUGGAGGACAGCCUUCCCGUCUGGCCGCGGGUGGCAGAGAAUUACAUGCCGGUGGUGGCGCUGGAGCCCAGCGCCCAAGCGCUCGCUCCUCCCGUCCCCCUCCUGCUGGCUGACAACGUGAGGAACAGCUUCUUGCACCAGCUGCCGUCGGAGCUGCGCUACCGCUGUCUGGAGCGCAAGCUGCAGAACGUUGAGGUGCUGCGCGGCAUCAACAUGUUCACCUUCAACGGCCGCCGGGCGCUGAUGUCGGACCCGUACUUGUUCAGGGCCAAGAUGGAGGACAAGGCGGUGGACACGUCCGACCUGGAGGUGGCGGACGACCCCAUGGGCCUGCACGGCAUCGACCUCAUCACCGCCGCCUUGCUCUUCUGCCUGGGCGACUCCCCCGGGGCGCGCAGCAUCUCCUACAGCAGGUUCGUGGACGGCUACCACAUCGACUGCGGCACGCAGACCUUCUCCUUCCCCUCGGCCCUCUUGGCCACCAACACCAUGGUGGGCGACAUCGCCUCGGCGUCGGCGUGCGACCACGCCAGCCCGCAGCUGUCCAACCCCAGCCCCUUCCACACGCUCCGCCUGGACCUGGUGGUGGAGUGCAUGGCCCGCUACCAAACCAAGCAGCGCUCCAUGUUCACCUUCGUGUGCGGACAGCUGUUCCGACGCGACGAGUUCUCGUCCCAUUUCAAGAACGUCCACGGCGACAUCCACGCCGGCCUCAACGGCUGGAUGGAGCAACGCUGCCCCCUGGCCUACUACGGCUGCACCUACUCCCAGAGGCGCUUCUGCCCGUCCGUGCAGGGCUUUCGGAUCAUCCACGACCGGCACCUGGGCUCCUUCGGCGUCCAGCCGGGUCUGCCGCUAAAAAGCGGCGACAAGCUGCCGAGGAGCGCCUGUCGCUUAGGCGCUCACGGCGACCGCUUCAGCGGCCUUCCGUUUGAGGUUCUGCAGCACGUGGCCAGCUUCCUGGACAGCUUCAGCCUGUGUCAGCUGUCCCGGGUGUCCCGCACCAUGAGGGACGUCUGUGCCAGCCUGCUGCAGAUGCGGGGCAUGGUGGUCCUGCUGUGGGAGAAGAAGCGGCGGGAGGACGGAUCCACGUCCUGGCAGAUCACGGACAAGGUGUGGCGCUUCAGCACGGCGUUCGGCACGGUCAAGGAGUGGAAGUUCGCCAACAUCAGCAGCAUGGCCGACCACCUGAAGAAGUGCACCUUCAACACGGUGGCGCGGCGGGACGAGGCGGUGCCGCUGCCGUGCAUGUGCUUCACCCGGGAGCUCACCAAGGAGGGCAGGUGUUUGCGCUCCGUCCUCAAGCCCGUGUGGCCCACCAUGUGAUGGGCAGAGUGUAGUGUUAUCUGACAGUGUUUACAGAAAUACCACCUGAUGUUCUCCCAAGCCAUGCUGCAACCACAUCGCUUUAACCAAUCCUGUACAGAAUCACAUGCUCUGAUUUAUAUUUUUGAUACCCUAAAACCUCAGUACUGUCGCAGCCAGACGCUCCUUGAGGCCGCAGGGGAACUAGCGAGUGUUGUCACUCCCCUUUUUGUGGACCGACUCCUCAAAGGCUCACUUUUUACAUCAAAUAUGAGAGCCAAUGGAAUCAUUUCUAUGAUUAUUACGUCCACGUUGUCGUUGUCGUCCUCGCCAAGCAGCAACAUAACGGCCGUCCAAUUAUAUAACAUUAGAAUUCAAAAUAAAAGCUUGGCCAUAUUAACCGGGAGUCUGCCACAGCAACUUAGGAAAUACACUUAAAAAAAUAGUUGAUUCAGUUUUAGCCAUCGUAAUAAAGAACCAAAUUACCACAACAGGAACGAGAAUGACAAUUUGAAAAGAAAAAAAAAGCAUAAGUGAAGGAAAAAGUACACCAGCAAACAUUGUCACCUGUACUACUUUAUAGCUAACUACCCAAGUCCAGUGGUGCUACCGAUUCAUGUCAAAUCUGCAGACCUGCCAUCGUCUUAAACACCUGGUGGGCAAACAAGCGUAUUCCUAGUGGACUGCCUCCAUGUAGUCUCAUCUUCCAUGGAGGACUGCCUCCAUGUAGUCUCAUCUUCCAUGGAGGACUGCCUCCAUGUAGUCUCAUCUUCCAUGGAGGACUGCCUCCAUGUAGUCUCAUCUUCCAUGGAGGACUGCCUCCAUGUAGUCUCAUCUUCCAUGGAGGACUGCCUCCAUGUAGUCUCGUCUUCCAUGGAGGACUGCCUCCAUGUAGUCUCAUUUUCCAUGGAGGACUGCCUCCAUGUAGUCUCAUUAUCCAUGGAGGACUGCCUCCAUGUAGUCUCAUUUUCCAUGGAGGACUGCCUCCAUGUAGUCUCAUUUUCCAUGGCAACAAAACAAGCAUGCCUGAGAGAAGGCACUCCAAAGUAAGGAUUUACUUUUCAAAACACGCUAGCUCGAUGCUAAUUUGCUGUAUACGUACUAGUGAUUAGCAUUAGCGAUUUUACAUGGCAAUUUCAAAAGUAAGAUGAAGACGCACGUUACAGUCACACAGCAGGUGUGUAAUGAGGACAAUACUUGCGGUGGGGGCGUGAAUAUUUGGGCACCUGUAGAUUCAAACCGGUUCCAAUACCUGAGGCGAUCAUUCAAUUCAAGAAUUGAGUCUUGAUUCAACACGAGUCUCACUUCAGACGGUAUUAUUUGGUACAACAAUUGUAAUGAAACUUUUUUAAAACAUGUUACAGGUUAGAAAUGCCCCAAGUUGUAUUUAAAAAAUUAAUUCUCAUUUAAAAAACAAUUUUGAGUUUUAGAAAAUUAUAAAUUGAUUUAGAAUUUGGACGAAUAGUAAUUGUGGUUGGGAUUUGAAUUGAUUUUUAUUUUUUUUAUUUUUUUACUGCAGCCUCAACUUGCAGUAUAAACACCUUGUAGGGCGCAACCAAAUACGUUUCCCCAAAUAGCAAAGACUACUUCCGGACUACAGCAUGAAAUGAGUGCAGAUGACAACUAAAUAUCACACCUGAACUGCACAAUUAUUACCAUCCAUCCAUCCUUUUUCUACCGGUGCUGGAGCCUAUCUCAGCUUGAUUCGGGCGGAAGGCGGGGUGCACCCUGGACAAGUUGCCACCUCAUCGCAGACAAUUAUUACCAGCUGUUACAAAAGCAGUGAAGUUGUGUAAAUGGUCAAUAAAAAGAGAAUACAACAAA